AUGAAUACAUUAAGUUCUAAUCCUAAAAAAACUAUGUUUUACGCUGCUGCAUAAAGUAAAUUAUUAUCAAAAUUUUAGAUAUGUUAAAUUCAAAUCAAUCUUCUAUGCAAAACUUAAAACGCAGUUUAUUUUAAUUAGCUAUGUUUCCUUCAAGUCAUCAAAAGGAUCAAUUAAAUUUAUCUUUGAAUAAUAACUCUGAUAGAGCAUAAGCAAAUUAUUCCCUUCCAAGAAGAAGCAAUUUAUUCUAAAAUGAUAGGGAUCGUUCCUUAUCAUACAAAUAAAAUAUAUCAAUGGAAUAAAAUGGAUCAGUGGAGAGAUUAUAAAAUGCUUAUAAUAUAAAGGGACAUUUUUAAUUGAUGAAUGAAGAUCCAAAUUAAAUAGUAGAGAAAGAAUAAAAAAAAUUAGAGUAUUCUUUUUUUAAUUAUGUUUCAAAUAGGUUGAAGGAAUAUUUAUUAAAACAAAUUGAGGAAAAAAAGAACCAAUAGAAAUAUGAAUAAGAAAGAAAAAGAAUAGAAGAUGCUAAGGCUGAAUAAUUAGUAUAGAAACAAUUAGAAGAAAUGAGAGUUAGAUAACAUUCUAAAUUUGAAAAUUAAAAUAUGUAAUAAUCUUAAGGUAGUAUUUGGUUGAUAUAUUAUUAUAUAAGAAAAAUCCAGCAUCAUCAAUAUAAACAAAGGCAAUUUAAUAAUUAUCUGUGUCACCUCAAAAAGAAGGCAUAUUUAUGUAAAUAUAUAAAUAAAAAUAAUAAAAUAUUGUAUCAUAACAGACUGAUAUACUUGAAAAAAUUAAUCAUCUUUAAGUAAAUAAUAAUAUAAUUUAUAUUUAGAAUGAUAUAAAAUCUCUAUAAAUUAAUUAAUAAUAAUAAAAUGAUGUAAAUUCAGUAAGAAAUAAUAUUAAAUUAAUGAUGAAGAAAUAAAGUUCUAUGAAUCCUGAAUAAAUUAACAAAAUUUAAAAAAAAGAUAUAUAAUAAUUAAAAGAAAGAUAAUUAGAUUGUGAAACUAUCUUUAUUCCAGCUAAUUUAAAAUUAAAUACUGAUGUUGAUAUUUUAUAAUAAAAUGAUAAUACUAUUUAAGAUGUAAAUAAAUCAACAAAUAGUUUGAAUUUUACUAAAAAUUCUUAAAAUUAAUUACUUUUAAAUAAUACAUCUAUUAUUAGUAAUUAAGUCAUAAAUAAUUCAUAAUAAUAAGUUAAUAAUUAAAUAGUAAAUCAUUCAAGAUUAACUAUCAGUUAAUUAUCUUCUAGAAAUAGAUCAUUAUCAAAUGAAAAAUAAGUGUUACCUGAUCCCAUAUAAUCAGACAAUACUCAAGAAGAAACUAAAUUAAUUUAAAAACAAAAAAAAGUAUAAUUUAUAUGUAAAUUUAGCCUAAAUAAAAUAAUUUGUAAUUAAAACUACCACAUAGAACAACAAUGUUAAUGUAAAUUCCUUCAAAAAAGUAAAUAUAUAAAUAUAAUUAAUUAGCUAAAUUUCAACUUAAAAAUCAGAAGAACCAAAAUCAUCAUAAAGAAAUUGA